UCAAAGCCAAAAUGGUGGCCCCCAGUAAACUUUGGCAGGUAUGUUCUUGCUACGAACUAUGCCAUACGUGGAACUCUUCCUGUGUCGGGGCAACACUGGACGUUGCCAAGGCGAGCUACCGGUAUUCGUUUAGAACGUAUGCACUUUUCUAUUUGGUUUCUACACUUAUUUUUCACCGAGGCAUCCCAAGUAUCAAGAAGCUCAUUUUAGACAUUCUACGCUCAACCAACUUUCUGGCAGCCAAUGCAAUUGUUUUUAUGUCCUCAAUAUGUUUAUUCAGGAAAGUGCUUGGUCGUUUCUACACAGGGUUUGCCUUCGUUCCAGCCACUUUUGCCUCAGGCGUUGCUAUUUCAUUGGAACAAAAAUCAAGGAGACCCACUCUGGCUCUCUACAUGGCAACACUGGCAACUGAGCUUAUAUGCAAGAUCUUAAUUUCCAGAGGAGUGGUGAGGCCAAUCAAAUAUGGAGAGGUGUUGCUUUUCAGUUUGUCUUCAGCUGUCGGACUCUAUAUGUUCAGGCGCGGUGAUUGCUUGAAGAAAGAUUCACUCUCUGCUCUCAAGAUGUUUGUUGGAACGGAUGAGAUAUACUAUGAAUAUUUUCCUGAAGCUGCUAGAUUUGAAGAAGUUUGGGCUGACAGGGCUUCAAGGCAAUACACACAGCAGCCAUCUACCCUAACAUUGAUCCGGGCAAAGUUAAGCAAACUCAUGCUCAGGUUGAAUAAUCUUCCGAAGCAUAAUUAUUGCUCUCAUGGCUCGAGCUGUCUGAGCUAUGUUCUUAAGGCAACUGUCAGAAAAUUUGCCGUUGGUUAUGGGAUACAGGCCGUUUUGAAUCUCCUCCGAGCUUUGCCAAAGAUCGCCACGAGACCUAAGCUGCUCUUGAUGGCUCUCGUUCGUCGGGAUAACUUUGAUCUGGCGCUCUUUCUGGGACUGUUCGUGGGUUUGUUCAGGAGUGUAAGUUGUCUUCUACGAUGGCUUAGAGAUAGAGAUAGUCCUAUUCAUGGAUUAAUAGCCGGUGGUGUAGCCGGUACGUCCAGCAUCUUCUUCCGUAGUACAACCAUAUCACUUUAUUUUGCAUCCAAGGUCAUUGAGAGCCUUUUGAUCAAAGGCCAGGAGCGAGGAAUUGUUCCAGUCAUCCCACGUGCUGAAUCCAUACUGUAUGCAAUAGCAACCGCAACGGUGCUGAAUGCGGGAGUUUAUGAGCCACAUAACAUCCGCCCAGCCUACUGGAGUUUCCUGCUCAACUUGACGGGAUCCUAUUAUGGCAAAAUGAACCGCAUGCUGAUCGCGCAUCUCGGUACGGGCGCAACCAAGCUGUACCCUGAUUGGCCUGUCUACGCAGACGCUUCACGACUCAACUUGAUAGACAAGGACGGGCUGUGUGCCAGGUCGUUGCAACCUCCAUCUCAGGGUGUUUGAUGAUGGUAGCUUUUGGAGUGGCAUUAUAUCUUCAGGAUCACAAAGUGUCUUUACCUUGCCCCCUGAUGCUUAUCAUCUGCACAGCUUCCAGUGUUUAGGUAUCCCAGAAAUGAAAUUUUCAUGUAAAGACUUAUAUAAUAAGUUGUUCAAAGACACUGGACACUAUUGGUAAUUGUCAAAGACCAGUCUUCUCACCUGGUGUAUCUCAACAUAUGCAUAA